UCGUGUGGAUUUCCAUUAUCUGUCUUUUUUCUUCUCCUCUCAGCCCCAUUUAAUUCACCACCCAACUACCCUAAAUUCUCACUUCUACUUUUGUAUAUAAAAAGGGUUCCUCUAAAGCCCAGUCCUCAAAAAACAACCCAAAAAAAAAAAAAAAAAAACAAACUGCUUUUUGUAUAGGAGAAGAGAUCAAAGAGUAAAUCAAAGCCAUGGGUGGAGGCAAUGGCCAAAAGGCAAAGAUGGCUCGUGAAAAGAACGCUGAAAAGAUGAAAGGCCAAAAGGGAAGCCAGCUUGAGGCUAACAAGAAGGCCAUGAGUAUCCAGUGCAAGGUGUGUAUGCAGACAUUCAUUUGCACCACUUCUGAAGUUAAGUGCAGAGAACACGCGGAGGCAAAACAUCCCAAAGCUGAUGUCUAUGCAUGUUUUCCUCAUCUCAAGAAGUGAUUUGCAUUUCCGAAACCUAUAGACGGGCUUCCAACUAUGUUUCUUAAUCUAUCAACCAUGACAAAGGUUGAAUCUGUUCCAAAGUUGUUUGCUUAGUUCUACUUCAAACUGUUGAUGGCUACUUAGUUUGGAACUCUUUGUGAAAAAUGUUUAUAAUAACUGCCUCCUCUCAUAUUGCUUUACCUUUUCAAUACUGGUGGAUUAUUUACUGUUACUAGUUUUAAACA